CUCACAUUUCAAAUCUCCUUUUCUCUCCAACACAUUCAAAUCAGCUUUCUGUUUUGUUUUUCAUUCUUCAUUCCUCUUUUUUCUUACUCUGUUACUUAUAAGCACUACUUUUUUUUCUUUUUCUUUUUUCUUUUCUUUUCUUGUCGCCACUCAUGAUCAACGACGCAAACAACAUCGUGCUGGCCGUUCUCGGCGCUGUAGGAAAUGGAAAAUCAUCUACUUUGAAUUCUAUUAUUCAGGAACCACUUUUUCAGUCUGGCCGUUCUGUUGGUGCCGUGACGCAGCACAUCGGAAGUUGUGUUCGCCACUGGAAGCUUCCCGAAGUCGGAAGAACCGUUCAUAUUGUUGACACCCCUGGAAUGUGCGAGUCAACAUAUAAGGAUGUAGAGAAUGUGCACUUGAUGGUGGAGUUUUUCAAGACCUUGUCCCAUGGCGUAAGCGCGUUUGUACUCGUUUUCAACAUCCAUAAUACAAGACUGGAUGAAUAUACAAAAAAUAUGCUGCGGCUGUUUGAGCGUCUACUGGGUCAACAUUUCUGGAAACAUGUUGUCAUCGUUUUUACACACGUAGACGAGGAUCAACGGGAUUAUCUGGAUCAGAACAUUGAUGCAUUAACAGAUCCUUCGGAGGGCUUUGUCAAAGUGUUGAGUCAAUGGUUCAACCUGCCUUAUCAACCCCCAUUGGUGUUCCUGUCCAACAAAGAUACACGCUAUAGCAGCUAUGCUCGAGAGUGCUUCCAGGAACUCUAUGAAGCCGUCGUAUCAGUUGAGGAGGGCGCCAGGAGAGCCAAAUUUACAUGUACCUUUUUCCAAGAAGUGAACAAUAGGAUCGGUGUUGCUCAAGACAACUUUAUUGUUCAGAGUAUUCGCCACGCUGCGGUGUCGAUCCCUCAAAUGGUUCAGACUGGUACAAGGAACGUUGUUAAUGCCUGCAAUGUCAUGUAGAGGGGAAAAGAAAAAAUGAAAAAGAAAAAGAAAAAAAGUUUUGUUCAUAGCAUGUGGUAACCAGCAUGGGGCCCUUCUCUAAAGCGAAAGCAAAAAUAUAUAUUUAUUCAUUUAUUUAUAAGACUCGUCCAGCAUCUUAUUUUAGCAUUCCAUGAAGUAAAAUUACCCGGUACACAGAAAGAACAACG